AUGCCAUACGAAUUGCUUGCUAGUGCUAAGUGGGCCAGUGCUGAUUGGACAUUGGAAACUCGAAUAAACUUUAAAUUUCAGCAAAAUGCCAAGACACUGCUCAUCCUGCAGGAGAAGCCAGGUUUUUCAGAAGGUCAGAGAUCCCAGAGAUUCUCAAAGAUGCAAGUUGUCUAUGUGAGACUGCUCCUGUUCAGUGUGACCUGGGCAGCUAUGAUAAUUUACAGGGGCCACCAUGAAAACCAUGGGUAUUCUAUGUUUAAGUAUGUUUACCUAUCUCCUGGGAAGAUAGGCCAAACUCACUUAAAGCAGGAAGAAAAAAGCAAAGACAAUAUCACCCUUCACCGUUUUGACAAGAGAAGAAACCAAGAGCUGCCAUCUUAUGAAAAUAUUGUCUUGGAAAGUGAGAAAGUUUUGUUCCUUCUUGAAGCCAAUGUGAAUAACCAAAGUAAUAAAUCCACAUAUCUCUCUGAAAAUAGACAAACUCUAAAGGAAGAGCACAGAGUCAUUCACAAUGGGAAGGCCCACAAGGAUGGAAUGGAGCUCACAUAUCCCCAAUCCACUGGCUCCAGAGGGGCCAAGGAUGGAGACAAUGGUACCAGGAGCCUAGACAACCAGGAGGAAUAUAGUGCAGCCCUCAUCAGAAACAAGGCGCACCAUGUAAUGACAGUGACAGAAGAGGGGAAGGAAGAAAACCAAGAGACAAAUCCUAGAAAUAGUCAAAGAAAAAUUCCAGUAGAUGUCAACCAUGCUAAAGCCCACUCCAAAGGUAAGAAAAGUCAUCAACCAGGUGUACGAGCCCAGAGUAGCCCAGUAACAAACAAGACCACCCAGCAUAACCGACGCAGCACUCACUACCUACCACAGCUCUCCAAAGUACGCAGAGUCCCCAGUGAUUUUGAAGGCAGUGGUUACACAGAUCUCCAAGGGAGAGGGGAUAAUGACAUUUCUCCUUUCAGUGGAGAUGGCCAACCUUUUAAGGACAUCUCUGGCAGAGAAGAAGCUGUUGGACCCAACCUAGAAAGCGUAGAUAGACAAACAGGGCUCUCAGGUCUGGGUGAGGCUGAGACUGUGAACACUGACAUAAGGGGCCUGGGUCCUAAUGAGAUCCCGGAGGGAAAGGAACAUGGUGGUGAUGCCCAUGCUUCCAGGGCUGGGACCUCAAAGGGGGCAGGAGAGGCAGCCGUGAGCCUGGUAGAGGGCAGCAGUGACAUCACUGGCAGUACCAACUUCAGAGACCUCCCCGGGAAAGAAGGAAACAGAGUAGACGCUGGCAGCCAGAAUGCUCACCGAGGGAAAAUAGAGCUUCAUUACCCACGUGCACCCUCCAAAGAGCAAAUCAAAGGAGACAGUGGUAUUACCACUCACAAUGAAAUUCCUAAGCACGGCAGAGGUGGUACUAGAAAAGCUACAGAGCUGUCUGGUAGGAACCAAGGGGCCUCAAGUGAAAAGCACCAAUCUUCUAGUAAGGGCGAAAGUCAGGGCUUCAUUAUUCCUUCUCAUGGUCUUGAUAAUGAAAUUAAAAAUGAAAUCGGUUCCCAUCGUGGCCCCCACAAUGAGGGGAACGUGAUAACGCACAGCGGGAAGAAUUCCUAUGCACCCCGGGGACAAAAUGACUGGGUAAGGAGUGAGGGUGGGUCACAAAGGAGAGGCCCGUGGGGCUACAGAAGACACCCUUCUAGUAGGGGAUUUAGUUCCCGGAAGAGGGGCAGUAGCAGUGAGUCAUCUGGCAGCAGCAGCUCAAGUGAGAGUGGCGGCCACUAGUCCUGGGGGCCUCCCCAUCGCC